AUGGACUAUGUAACGUGGCCGGAGGCUAUAAGCGUGCAUUAUACGUGGCAGAUUAUCUUUGUGGUAUUUACGGAAGCUGGUGACCUUGAUGCGCGAUCCCUGGCAAACGAGACGCUAGGCCGUCUAACGAAAAGGACUCAAUGUCUAUCGAUUCUUAUGAAACUUCACUGCUCCAUUGGAUCGAUCCCCCUAGAGAAGGGCACAAUACGUGCAGACUCCUUGCGUUUGAGCCAAGAGGUAGUAGAGAUCAUUCGCGAUUGGAACAGGUGGGAGUGGCCCAAGGAGGACAGAGUCAUGUUUCGCGAAGCUCUGAUGCACUUGAGGAGGGCUAUCCACGAAACAGCUAGACACCAUGAGGUCUCGGUGAAAACGUGGUAUUUGUCUGACAAGGAAAAGUGUUGGGAGCUCUAUGUAUUCAUUCGAGAUCUGUCUAUUUCUGAAGAACGUUAUGGCACAGCCUCAAGCCCACAGACGAGGAGGAGUAGGCGUGCGGCGGUGGUAGCUAGUGACCGACCUUUGAUUAUGGCUCAUCAGAACCCUCGGUAUCAUAAUUUAUUAUACUCAGCCAUGUUGCCAUACGAUGCUGGACUCCAUUAUGUGAGACGCAUCGGCAUUUUCCCUCCACAACGCAUAAACCUGUUACCUUCCAGCACCGAGGCAAUGACCAGGAACCCCCCAAUGGACAAAUUUUUGGUUCUUACGGCGUCUAAGAUACGUCACCUUGGUCUCUUGCUUACCGAAACAGUCUUCAACGAUAUUCAGAAUGCCGUCCUAGUCGUCGACGAUACUCGAAAUCUCGUCCGAAAUAUGCCAGGUGUCGAGAUGUUAGACAGAAAUGCCUAUAUAGCUCUCCAGAGCCUCGAGGCGAUGGUACUACAGCGAGCUGGGUCACUCCUGUUUGAAAAAGCCUUGGAGGAACUUGGGCGCCACAUCCGUGAAGAAAGACUAGCCGAGGAAUCCCAUGACAAGUGCUCGCAGAAUAUUGUGUGGAAUUAUUGGCAGCUACAGUUCGAAGGGGCUGAUUCGCCAUUCCUACGCCACGAUUGGGGACGAAUCAUAGUCGAACUACAAUGUUUAACGAUACCUGAUCAAACAGAGGCUCCGUGGGCGUACCAAUCUGCGAAAUAUCUGGAAAGUUUCUGCGAACUAUAUACUGCGCAGGACCCGCCAAGUGUGAAGAUUUGUAUGCUUUUCUCACGUCCCCGCUUGAGCGGUGAUUAUGAGCUACUCAAAGACCUGUUUGUCAAGCUCUCGUUCAGUAUGGUGUAUAUUGACAAGUUAUCCGUUGAUGAGAAGAGGGAGCUUCUUAAACGGUACGGCGAGUAUAUGCGCUUCUGCCAAGACGCUACACCGAAAUCUCGGCUUUGGGGCUUUCGACGCUCCUACAAACAGUCUCUGCGGACAGCAUCUGUCAUUCUGAUUUACGCCCCCUUCACUCAGCCUUUCGGACACUUUGCUCGUGCACUAUACGUAUCUUAG